AUGUUAUUGCUUGGAGUGUCACCAUAUCGGCCUAUGCUUAAAGCAUGCAGCCUGACAAAGCGUUUAAUACGCUACAAUCCAUAUAUAAAUUUAUCCACAAUUCCACAUUUAGCCAUUGUGGUUGAGUACGAUGAUUGGAGCUGGUUUCAUGCAAUGGAAAGGACUUGUGGGCACCCGGGCUAUCACGUCAUAGUUGAGUGUGGCACUCAAAUAUGCAGAAGCAAGACUUCAUCAGAAAAUCUGGAUAAAAUCUACUGGAAUGAAAAGUUCGUAUUCCAAUAUCCAACGUCAGAGUUAGACACUUUGAAUCACCUCAAACUUAGAAUUGUCAACGAGGAAUAUUUGGGCGAUGGCGAAUGUGUUGGGGAAACAUUAAUUUUCAUCAAAGGAAUAAUCGCAGAGGGAAAUCGCUCGGGAUUGAUACAGUUGAAUCCGGCCCUAUUCAACGUCGUGCUUGAAGACGACACUUACAAAGGGCAAAUAACGAUUGGAUUGAAAUUCGUUCCAAAUGCUGUUUUACAUGCGAAAAGAAAAGAAUCCGAGCCAGAGGGAAAUGAUCUAGGCAAGUCCGUGUGCACGAUGCUCACGAGUCUCUGGAAAAUGCGUUGGUUGAAGUUUUUUUCUAACUUAAAGAACAGGAAGUUUGUUAAUACGCAUAAAGAAAACUGAGAAGGUAAACGAGGUCGGGUGAUUCAUGAAAUCGAGUUAAAUGCGAAUGGAACUUCUGUGGAGGGAGUGUUUGAGUUUUUCGCAUGCUGUUUUCUUCUGCUCGCUUUUGCAAAACAAAUGGAAAAUUUAUAUGAGAUUUUCAAGUUUCAUGUUAUUAAUUUAGUAUUAGUACCUCAUUAGAGGUGCAGAUGACAGUUGGGGAGAUGCUAAUGUUGUUGAAGCCAGUGAAAGUUUAUGUCAGGAGCAGAAGUUGGUGCUUGUUCUAUAUAAUUCAG